AUGUCAUGCUGGGAUAGGAUUUGGGAUAAGUUUUGUGAAGAGUCACGUGAGAAGCUUGUUGAUGACAGUUGUUGGGCAGAAGUAGAGGCCAAGAGUUAUGCCCUGUUCAUGGGCUAUCUGUCCAUGGCCGUCAAAGGUCUUGGUUUCCUGGUGCUUACUUGGACCACCGUCGUUCUUCUUGGCGGUUUCAUUGACGACCUGCAAAACAAUGAUUUUUGGUGUCUUACAUUCAUCACCCUUGUGCAGACGGCUGGGAUCUUCGAUGUGCUUCUGACUGAAAAGCUGAGCUAUAUUGGAGAUGCAUUUACUAGCAUCGCGUAUGUUGAAUGCACCAGAAAGUCGGACAACAUAUGGCGAACUGUUCUGUCCAGGGUUCAUACUCUGGUCUUGGCCAUUUUCUUGUGCCCUCUGGUGGCUGUCUACAUGGGUGGGUUGGUAGUUUCGACCAUGCUUUCGGUGUGGCAUCUGAUACAACAAGAUUACCAUGCUGACGGAGUUAGAAACCUGAAGAAGGCGCUGCUUGUCUUGUAUUCCCUUGUUCUGCUCCAGGGUGUGACUUUCUGCUAUAAGCUCAUGAAUAGUUGGGCAAAGGGGUCUAUAGUGAAUGCAGUAGUCCACGAAAGAGGCUUUGAUAAGGAUUGUCGUGAUGGGAUAUCGGAUUACAUACGUGAAACAAUGAUCGGAUGUGAAAAGGACCCAUCUUCCGUUAAAGGAAGGAACCUCAUCACAUAUGCUGUGGGCCUGAUGGAGUCUAAGUCGCCUGACGACUACAUUUCCGGGGUAAGGAUCCUGGACGCUUUCGCCAAAAAACUGGAGGCAGCAGUGAAAGAGGUCGAGGGGGUAGACGAUCCGCACCAAUACACAAGGGAGAAUAUACUCAAGAAACAUCUGAUAAUGUCUGCAGCCUCUCCCGAUAUAGUCCAGAAGCUGCUGCAGACAUUGGGCCGCAUAAGCAUAUAUGACAGAGAGACGAGGGGGCAUGCCGCAAGGGUAGUGGCGAGCAUUGCUCACGACAUCCAUUUGGGGAAAUAUCCAAAGGCAAUUGGCUACAUAUCUUCCCUCCUUGACACAUACGAAGAAUACAGUAUUCUCCAACCAUAUAGGGCAGACUGGCUGUACGAGACAUAUGAACAAGAUUUCAAGCAAAUAUCCUUGCCGGUGAACCAAGAUGACAUCGUUGAGCAAGGGGACUAUGAUGUUGGCUUUGCGAAAACCUACAAGAAGCUGCUGGAGGUUGAGAGUGACCAUGACCUUCUGCAGGCCUACAAAAGGCUGGUGGAGCAAGGCUUUCGCAUCCUUCGGAAGCUCGCAGCCAACAAUGACAACUGCAGAGUCAUGUUCGGCACCCCAUAUCUGCUGCCAAAGAUUAUGGCGCCUGUGACCUCCGACCUACUCCACCACCGCAAUGAGGAUGGCCGCAUGAAGCACAUUGACAAUGCUGCAUGUUACAGCAUAGUACAAGGUUCAAUGAAGGUGAUUGCCCAGCUCACGGCUGCUACAGGGCAGAUAGGCACCAAGCUGCGUGAUGAAAUAUCAUGCAGUAUGGAAUUGAUCACAGCCAUGAGGACGAUUCUCGAGUGUAAAGAAUGCAAUGAGAUGCUGCAGAAAAUAGCUAUUUGGAUUCUCACGCACCUACACCAGGAUGAAAAUUCCAGUCCAGGGCAUGAAGGGACACAAGAAUUCAUUACGAUGUUGGUUGACAUCAUGACCCAUGAUAAAAAGUACAAGGAGGCUAGAAGGGUGGUAGCAGCUAAAGCACUGGUGGCUCUAUCAUCCGAAACCGGGAGUGCCAGGAUUAUCAUGGAGUCAAAUAACAAUCUUAUUCACAGUCUGACUAGAUUGAUUGUUGAAAAACGAAGAUGCUCACAAAUGGCAGCUGAAAUCCUUGAAAAUAUAUGCAUUCAUUGCAACGGUGAUGUUCAAAGCCUCAAAACGCUGAAGGAAGCUAUGCCCAUUGUGGUUCCAAAGGCAAACAACAACUCGUCGUCCGCACAGCAGCAAGGAUCAGGACUUGACAGAUCUAUUUACGGUAAUCCCCCUGGAGGCGGUGGAAUUAGCUUCGUAAUGAAGCUCAAAGAGAUCGUUGAAAAACAUGAGCUCCCCAGACCCGUCUGCCUGAGAAUAAGGAAGCUUGUCUGUAAGAUGGUCAUAUCUAUGAUGAAUCCCAAAGGCAGUUAUGUCAAUGAUGGGCUGACGAGCCUGAUGGCUGCACUGUCCAGUGCUUCAGAUGACAUGUUUAUUCUUGAUGGCUACAUGGUUUUCAGACCAAGGCCUUUUAGAAGUCUUGCUUCCCUCGUGGAAGAAGCGCAGGUGCUUGUGGACAGAAACAAAGAGCUUUUCCAGAGCCAAAGUCAUGCUUCAAGCUAG